AACUCCUCGAUUGUUUCGUUUUCUGUGGCACCGAAUACCGAACGGGUUCGUUGAGCCAUCAUUCCCGCUCGACCAUGAUAUCAGCGACUCGCAGGUGGUUCCGGAGGAACCGCACCAACCUCGCCGUCGGGGCGGGCGUGUUGGGUGCCGGCUAUCUAGCAGGGCAAUAUCUGUUGGGCAAGUUGACGGAGGCACGACAGCGUAUGAGUGAGGAGAGGAUAGCAAAGGAGAAUCUCCGACGCCGCUUCGAACAGAACCAGGAAGAUUGCACAUUCACAGUACUAGCAAUCUUGCCCGCAGCGACCGAAAACAUCCUCAACGCCAUUCCUGUGGAACAGAUAUUAGAGGAAUUGCAGAAGCACAAGGCGGAGAGACUCUCACGGAGUGUGGGACCGAGCGAGAUUGCGAGUAGCGCGGCACCGAGUGUCGCAGACGAUGACAGCAAAAGCUUGAAGAGUUUCCAGAGCGAGAGUUAUGUCCAUGCCAGCCAAGUUGGAGUAGCGGAUACUGGGAGCGCGAGCGCAAGUACGGAAGGUGCCGAAGUUCCCACGGAGAAGAAGGUGAAGAAGUCCAAGGCUCAAUUGUGGAACGAAAUGAAGAUAAGUUCAAUUUCACGGGCGUUCACUCUACUUUACACACUAUCGCUCUUGACGAUACUCACUCGGAUACAACUCAAUCUGCUCGGCCGACGGAACUAUCUUGCUAGCGUUGUCGCGUUAGCUACACCCGCUGCUCAAGAAUCGAAGAUCCACCUGGAGAACCAUGAUGAUGACAACCUUGAACAUGCUUACGGCACCGAUUUCGAGACAAAUCGGCGUUAUCUUUCCUUCAGCUGGUGGUUGCUUCAUCGGGGUUGCAUAGACUUGAUGCAUAAAGUGCAGGAAGCUGUUAAAGAAGUGUUCGGCGCUGUCAAUCCGCGAGACGAGAUGACACUGGAGCAACUGUCAAACCUUACGCUUGAAGUCCGCAAGAAGGUCGAGGGUGCCACCGAGGAAGAACGAAGAACGAAGAAAUGGCUUCCUUACCUCCUCCCCAGCCCGUCUCAGGAAGCCUACGUCCUCCGCGAAUCUGGAAUGACAGACGCCUCCAGCCCGCCCACGCCGUCCCUCCGCCGUCUCGUCGACGAGACCUCCGACCUCAUCGACUCCCCAUCCUUCACUCACGUCCUCACCUCUCUUCUCGAUGCCGCCUUCUCCCAGCUCAUCGAGAUCAAAAUUGCACAACUUGCCUACAAGAUAGCUCCCCCUCCCUCAUCUACCCCCGGCUCUGACGUCCGCGUCCAGGACGUAACCGACAUCCCCGACCCGUCUCAAGCCAAGACCAAGGUCGCGAACGCCCUUGCCAUCUUUUGCAGACAGGCUCAUUCGAUCGGCUCUGGCAUCAAUAACGAGUACCUCGCUGCCAUUGAAAGUGUCUCACAGUUGGAAGCUUUCGCUGCCGUCGUCUACAGCUCGAACUUCGAGUUUGAGACUCCCGGUGCUGCGAUGCCUUUGCCGAGCCGGCCUGCUACUUCCGCGGGCCCGGAUGCGUCGCAGAGUGAGAGGGCCGAUGCGCUUCCUGAGGGUGGAGACACGGAUGUUGGUUUCGAAAGCGCGUGGGACAAGGCGGAAGAGAAGGCGAGGGCCGCUGCGGAAGUUUGACGUUCCUACCUGAAGUAUGCUGCGCCGCUGCGCUUGUACACGUUGUCAUUGUGAAGUGUGGAGAGUUGAAUGUCGUCGUCGCUUUCCCCUGUAUGAUAGUAUCUUAUGAUGUUUGUAAUGAUAUAUGGGUAAAGGGGAUCUGGGAUUGGAAGCGCAUAUCGGAUAUGCAGGUAUGCUCAUUAAGGAAGAAGGGUCUUUAUAGAUACCCCGGAGACGGAUAUGAAAUUUCGUUUCAUCUCUGUCCAUUCAUUUCGACUUAUGGUGCGGACUUUGAUACUUAGAUUUCCGUGUCGUGAGUUUUAGAUC